AUGGAUUCCGUCUCCUCCUUGUCGAUCCCGCCCUUACAGUACCUCAUCGCGUACUUGAUCCCAGUCAUGUUUCUGGGAGUUUUCGUCGGCGCCUUCGUCAGCCCGCACGCGCUCUCAGCCUCGGCGAGUUUUCCGCCCCCAACCGACAAGGUCUCCCUUACCUUUUUUCACCUCUUCGCCAUACGGCAGCUCUGCCUAAGUCUUGCUCUGCUAGUCCUCGAGGCAUGCAACGAGUGGCGGGCGGUGGUGAUUGUGUUGGCCUGCGUUGGUGUCAACGGCAUUAGUGACUUUUUACUUUCGGCCGCUUCGGGCGCGGGAUGGGGGUCGUCCUUUAGGACCCAUGGCAUCCCCACAGUGGUUGGGUAUUGGACCGUCUGGGAGUUGUGGCAGGAACAUUGGUGA